GUCCAGUCUCGUGAGCUCCGCGAGUGUUGUUAGUAAUCUUAGCGCAGGUGCGCGCUUCUGCAUCUCCAUUACACAGAGAUGUCAGUAAUGUAAAACUGGAGACCACAGCGGAAAAAGCUACAGAAGAAAACAAAGGAAGCUCUCAGACGAGGGAAAACAUUCUGCCUCAACGUAAAGCUGCUGAUAAAAACAUGGAAUCCUGCCCUGCAGAAAUGGACAAAAAUGGAGAGGAACUCACAGGACGGAAGAAGUCACGCUUUAAGCAGCUGAAGACGCGUCUCUUUGGGAAACUGAAGAAAAAGGAAAGCGAAGGGCUGAUUAAGCAAAGCCAGUCCGCUAGUGACAUCACUGCUCCAGAGGCCAUAAGGGAAGGCUACGACUCUGAAGAGGAGUUUUCGUACCCACAGUGUCUGAGCUCCAGGGCGUUGUCUCACGAUAGCGUCUUCUUUACUGAUCAGACCCAGUCCACAGAACCAACACGUGUUCUUUCACAGGAGAACGUUCAUGACAAAAUUAAGGCCUUACAAUUGAAACUACAGCAACAGAACUUACAUCUAGGUCCUCCUCCAAUGUCGAUUCCUGGCAAACGCACGGAGGACUCAGGAACCACUUCAGAGGAUGAUGGUUUACCGUGCAGUCCACCUGAGACGUCCUUCUACGAGCGAGUGAACCAUACAGACGUUUACAAGUAUCCCGAAUCUCAGAAACAUCUGAGCUCUCUGAGUUUAGCUGGAACGGGAAGUGAGGAAGAAGAACAGGGUGAUCCUUUCCAGCCAUCAUCAAGGCCUCUAUCCCCAGUCUCCAAACCAUCCCCUCAGCCAAUCAUCUCCCCGACCUCCGCCUUGACCACUCCCCCUUCAGGAGUUGACUUCAAUAGCCCAGCAUGUUACAUGGCCAGUUUGGAUAACUCGGCUGCCCGUCAUCGCAUGUCAGUCAAACCGAGGAAACAAAGAGCCAGCACAAGGGGAAACAGAGUGCCAACGGUAUCUAUUUCUCCCAGGUAUCGGUCAGAAAGCAUCAGUGAUCUGGACAACGUUCUGUCUGAGGAGGAUGAUGAUGAUGGCACCACGACGUCCACAGAGACAGAGCAACGCAGUUUGUCUUCCUCUCCGUCUUCGGACCUGAAGGAGAAGCCCAUCUCCACAGAACCUACAGAGACAUCUCCAGCAAAGUCAGAGCAGAACCAGGAGGAGAACCCCAUCAUAACUGAAAUUAAUUCCCCAUCUCUGGGUUUGUCAGAAGAGCCUCUUGAAUCUGAGGGCAAAGUCACCACAAAUCCUCUUUAUUUGCAGCCCAUGUCCUUUGGCUUGACCUCAAGCUCCUCGGGUCCACCGUCACCAUCAGGACUUCCAGAAUCUACACAACCAUCAAGAGCAAUAGUGUCAUUAAGAGCCCAUUCACCUAUCCAGAGACAUGAUCCAAAUGAUAUCCAGAUUCAGACGAGUGAGAAUCUUGUGUGUGGAACAAAUACAAAGGAAAGCCCAUCGGAGGAAGCAUCAUUUAAACAAUUUCCUGUACCUCUGCCUCGCAUCAAAAAUCUGAAAAUGGAAAUAAGAAGCCCUACGUCUCCAAAAGGAGCCAUGGAGGCCUCAACAAAACCUAUCAUUGCAUCUGGAAAGUAUCACUCCAAAACAACAAGUGAGACUGUGACAAUGCAGAAUGAGGGACAUUUGAAAGGUACUCCAGGAAUCAAGACUCAAUCCAACAAACCCAACCUAGAGCCACAGAAAGAUGAAGCAAGAGAAACGAAACCAACAGAGUUUCAGAAUCUCCUCAAUCAAACACAAGACACAAAGAGUUUUCGUAGAGAAGUAACGCCUCCUAUUAUGUCCAAACCAACAACAGGAACCAAUCUUAAGACUGAUAUUGCUACAGAACACGAGGCAACAGAGAAACUAGAGGAACCUGAAGACAGAAAACUGAAGAAUACUUUUGGGGUGCAGCUCCGCACAACCUCUCUGUCGCUAAAAUAUCGCUCUGAGGUUUCCAAAAUUAAAGAUGAAACCAAACGGUACAGUUUAGAGUCUAAUACAGUGCUAGCUAACUCGGAAGAGCAUGCUGGGAAAACAGAAACCUUCAGAAAUAUGUGCGAUGGCAAUUCCAAGAAUAAACACAGUGUUCCCAAAAAACAAGAUUCACAGAGCCUGGAGUUUCAGCCUGCUGCCCAAGACAAUGGACCCAGAGAGAAGACCAGAGCUUACCAGCCAUUCUUGAACAGACUGGCCACUAAUCACUCACCAGUCCACCCUUCACCUCCAACAGCACCUCUCGCACAGCCUCCCAAACCUGUACAGCCUAAAACACAGCCACUGACCACCGCCACGCUUCAUCCUCUGAAAACACAGCACACACUGAACACACCGAUUCAGCCGGCCUCACAGAGACUUUCUACUAAACCAGCACCUAGUGGAACAAAAGACAAGCAGGAACUCAAUGGUAGGAACUGUACACCAGAAGACUAUACAACAAAGAGAGCAGCAGCUUUCAACAAGAUGGAUGGGAAUGCAAAACACGUCCCACCAAACACAGAGACACUUACCGUCACAUCUGAGCUUCCAGCAACAUCAGCAUCAUCAUCGCCACCGGACGUCUCUCAGCAGCAACAGCCACGGUCAGAUGGAGCUCAGCCGUCCUGGAUGGAGCUUGCCAAGAGAAAGUCUUUAGCAUGGAGUGACAAAACUUUAGAAUGAAGACGAGACAAUCAACCAGAGAGAUUCAAUGAUGGAAUACCCAAUGUUACAGUGAAUGAAUGUAAAAGCUGUGUGUGUGAGAUGGAGUGAGUGAUAAAUUGUUAUCUCUUGUGUGCUUAUAUAUUCGUCCCCUUGGAAUUAUAAGGUUCUAUCUGACAUUUUUGUCAAAAUUGAGUUAUUCACAUAUUCUUAUUCUGUGACA